AUGGAAGAAAAUGAAGAUUCUGGGUUGGGUAAUAUUAAAGUUGUGUGUCGUUUCCGCCCUCUAAAUCAAAAAGAAAAAGAAAUUUCAAUGCAAACUUGUGUUGAUUUCAGCCCUGACAAGCGAACUGUCCAUGUCAGAGCUCAAUCUGAGAGCGCAGAGCCUUUGAAAUUUAACUUCGACUAUGUCUUUGAUCCAUCAUCUCAUCAAUCUUCAGUGUAUGAUGUAGCUGCUAAGCCUGUCGUAGAGUCAGUAAUGCAAGGGUUUAAUGGUACUGUGUUUGCUUAUGGUCAAACAUCCAGUGGCAAAACAUUUACGAUGUCUGGUCCAGAUUUUACUGAUCAAGACUUAAUGGGCAUCAUUCCUAGAAUGGUAGGCACUGUUUUUGAUCAGAUUGCUAUGUCAGAGGAAUACUUGGAAUUCCAAGUAAAAGUAUCUUAUUGUGAAAUCUAUAUGGAAAAGAUCAAAGAUUUAUGCUUUAUCAGCUUAUAAAGCCUUAAAAAACAGUUUAUUUAUAGGAAAUAAGACAAGGUAUAGCAAAUAAAAUCAAUAGAAUUUCAAUAAAAAUGGAUACUUGAACCGAGUAAAAAUAAUUUAAAAAUCCAUGAAGACCGAAUAAGAGGAGUCUAUAUCUCCGGAAUUUCUGAGAGAUAUGCAAAUGACGACCAAGAGGUCUACGAUUUAAUGGCUUUAGGGCUUGAUAAUAGAGAAGUUGGCUAUACUAAUAUGAAUGCAGGAUCCUCAAGGUCACAUUCUAUAUUCAUAAUCACCAUAAGUCAGUCAAAUACCAAAGAUUUCUCAUCAAAAGUAGGCAAACUUUACCUAGUUGAUUUAGCUGGCAGUGAAAAAGUCGGAAAAACUGGAGCUGAAGGGAAAAGGCUGGAAGAGGCCAAAAACAUAAAUAAAUCUUUGACUACGCUGGGACAAGUCAUUUCAGCACUGACUGAUGGAAAAUCCACUCAUGUUCCUUAUAGAGAUUCUAAAUUGACCAGAGUUUUACAAGAUUCUUUAGGAGGGAACUCUAAGACUACCUUAAUUGUAACUUGUUCUCCUUCACCUUAUAAUGAAAGUGAAACAGUAAGCACGCUGAGAUUUGGCAUCAGAGCUAAGGCGAUUAAAAACAAGCCUAAAGUGAAUCGUGAGUAUACAGUUGCAGAGCUGAAGCUGCUGCUGUCUAAAUCUCGAGAAGAAAUCGUGAUGAAGGAUAAGAGGAUUUUUGAGCUGGAAACAAGCUUAAAACAGUCUGGAAUCCAAAUUCCAGAGAUCAUAUCCCAAUUUCUAUAUAAAAUUCUUUUUUUCUUAUGAUAAAUAAAUAUGGAUAAUCAUUAUAAACGUCAUAGAAUCUACUGAAGACGAAGAUUCCUCAUUCCUCAACAUGUCCAAAGCUUCAGAAUACGACGAAGUCAUCCAAGAACUAGAAGAAGCCAGAACUCGGCUUUCUGAAGAAUGCCAAGCUAGCUCUCUUUUACGUCAAGAACUCGGCGUCACCCAAACAGACUUAGAAAGCUUAAAAGCAGUCAACGAAUACAUGAUGAAAGAGCUGGAAAAGGCCAACAACCUCAACAAAGCCUUAAAAACCAGUUCAGAAGCCAAAGACGAAAAAAUCUGCACAUUAACUGACGUUAAUGAAAAACUCGUCGAAGAAGUCAAAGCACUCACUGAAAAAGAGCUUAAACUGGAACAAGCUGUUAUAGGAAAAGACGUGGAACUAGAACAGCUAAGAACUGAUGUUAAAAAACUACAGGCUGCUUUACUCGAAAAAGAGUCUGAAAUUAAAACUCAAUGGGAAGAUUUUGAUACUGAUGAAGGAGUCCAAAAGGUGGGAAGCGCCUCGACUAUUCCGUCAUGGGAUUUAAUGAAAGAAGAAAAAGAGCUCUGGGACAAUGAAAAAAAAUUACUAGUAGUAGAUCUUCAAAACAAGACAAAUAGCAUAAUUUCGCUGAAUCAGCAACUAGACGAGUUUAAGAAAAAAUGCAAAGAGCUUGAAGUAGCGCUGAAUCGGGAUGAAAAAGAUCUGCAAACUGAAAAUAAAAUACUACAAAGAAGCUUGGAGCAGCUGACGAAGAAAUAUCAUAUUUUGUCAGCCAAAAAGGCCAAGCUGAAAAUAGAGGGGAAAGCUAAUGAGAAAAAAAUGAAAAGAAUUACUGAUAAAUGUACUGAGCUUGAAAAUAAAGUCAACCAUUACCGUGAAAAAUAUAAAUCAGCUAAGUUCUCAUUAAAGCAAAUCAAUCUGCAGCAAGAGACAGCUAGAGCUUCUAUAAGCCACUUUGGAGGAGUCCCUCAUCUAAAUAUCAGGAAAACUAUAGCAGGAGGUUCUGCUCUAUCAAGAAGAACUCUGACCUUUGCAGCCAGACAAAAUAUACUGACUGAGCCUUAA